GUGAAAAGAAAAGAAGGGUCUCUCCAUCCAACCUUUCCCCCGACACGUCCCUGGGAUUCCAACCCAAAGAGGGUAGAAAAAGAGGCGGAGUGUUCUGAACAUCAACACCAAGUGGGAGAGCCUUCGGCUGAAGGUACAGUGUAUUAUUUACGCUGAAGGCACGCUUGUGUAGACAAGAAAGCGCUGACAGGUCAAAUGGAUCCUGUGGAACUGAGAAGUGUCAACACGGAGCCUGAUGAUGAGAGCAGCAGUGGUGAAAGUACUCAGGACAGUUACACUGGUUUGGGCAACUCCGAAAAGGCAGCAAUGAGCAGUCAAUUUGCUAACGAAGAUGCUGAGAGUCAGAAGUUCCUGACAAAUGGAUUUUUGGAGAAAAAGAAGCUGGCGGAUUACGAUGAUGAACAUCAUCCAGGGACCACUUCUUUUGGAAUGUCUUCAUUCAACCUGAGUAAUGCCAUCAUGGGAAGUGGAAUCUUGGGCUUGUCCUAUGCCAUGGCCAACACAGGGAUCAUCCUUUUUAUAAUCAUGCUGCUUACUGUGGCAAUAUUGUCACUCUAUUCAGUUCACCUUUUAUUAAAGACAGCCAAGGAAGGAGGGUCUUUGAUUUAUGAAAAAUUAGGGGAAAAGGCAUUUGGAUGGCCCGGGAAAAUUGGAGCCUUUGUUUCCAUUACACUGCAGAACAUUGGAGCAAUGUCAAGCUACCUCUUUAUCAUUAAGUAUGAACUACCUGAAGUAAUCCGAGCAUUCAUGGGACUUGAAGAAAAUACUGGGGAAUGGUACCUCAAUGGCAACUACCUCGUUGUAUUUGUGUCUGUGGGAAUUAUCCUUCCACUUUCUCUUCUCAAAAAUUUAGGUUACCUUGGCUAUACCAGUGGGUUUUCUCUUACCUGUAUGGUGUUUUUUGUCAGUGUGGUGAUUUACAAAAAAUUUCAAAUACCCUGCCCUCUGCCGAUUCUGGAUCACAAUGUUGGAAAUACUACAUUCAACAACACAUUUCCAGUGCACAUGAUAACAUUACCCAACAACUCUGAGAGUGCGGAUGUGAACUUCAUGAUGGAUUACACCCACCGCAACCCUGCAGGGCUGGAUGAGAACCAGGCCAAGGGCUCUCUUCAUGGAAGUGGAGUCGAGUAUGAAGCCCAUAGUGAUGAUGACAAAUGUCAACACAAAUACUUUGCAUUCAACUCCCGGACGGCCUAUGCCAUUCCUAUCCUAGCGUUUGCUUUUGUAUGCCACCCUGAGGUCCUUCCGAUCUACAGCGAGCUUAAAGAUCGGUCCAGGAGGAAAAUGCAGACGGUGUCCAAUAUCUCAAUCACGGGGAUGCUCAUCAUGUACCUGCUUGCCGCCCUCUUUGGCUACCUAACCUUCUAUGGAGAAGUUGAAGACGAGUUACUUCAUGCUUACAGUAGAGUGUACACAUUUGAUAUCCCUCUUCUCAUGGUCCGCCUGGCCGUCCUGGUGGCAGUCACACUGACUGUGCCCAUUGUCCUGUUCCCAAUUCGUACAUCCGUGAUCACACUGCUCUUUCCCAAAAGACCAUUCAGCUGGAUAAGACACUUCCUGAUUGCAGCCAUGAUUAUUGCACUUAAUAAUGUCCUGGUCAUCCUUGUGCCAACUAUAAAAUACAUCUUUGGAUUCAUAGGAGCUUCUUCUGCCACCAUGCUAAUUUUCAUCCUCCCAGCAGCUUUUUAUCUCAAACUUGUCAAGAAAGAACCCCUUAGGUCACCCCAAAAGGUUGGGGCUUUGAUCUUCCUGGUGACUGGAAUUAUCUUCAUGAUGGGUAGCAUGGCACUUAUUAUAAUUGACUGGAUUUACAACCCUCCAAAUUCCAAACAUCACUAAUCCAAGGGAACAAUUUUCUGUUGGAGAUUAUUGCAAAUUAUGCUCCAGAGGACUUUGAGUUACUUUAUUGGAAUGUUAUUCAUAGGAAAUAACAUGAAGAUUCCAAAGAUGUUUACUAGUAAUAUCGCCAUGCACCUGUGAAAGAGAAAAUAAUAGUGUUUUUGUUUUGUUUUGUUUUGAGAAUGGCUAAUGAUGAGUUAAAAAAUCAGUGGUGCACAUUUUGACCCAGGUUUUCUAGAGCAGUGUGAGAUGAGUGAGGUGUGUUUUGGCCAUGGUCCAAACAGAAGAAAGUUGCUUGCAUGUACUGGUCAUUAGAUAAUACCCUUUCCCCAUACCCACUCCAUAUUCUUCACCCCUUAAAACCUAGCAAAUAGCUGUAUUAUUCUCAGAACAUCAAAUAAAAAUGCCUUGGUGACAAACUGUCACCACUUAAAACCAUCCCCCUUCUUGUACCAAAUACUCUGUUGACUAACAGAGACAAAGACAUCUCUUGUGACCUGUUCCUGAGAAGUGGAUAAGUGAUCACACAUCAGUCCAAAGUACUUAAUCUCACCACUGAGCAGUUUGCCCAACCUGCUUGUGACAUUUAAUGACUUUUUUAUUCAAAGGGUUGUUUUCCUUUUUUAGGGGGGGAUAAAUGUUAAAACACUAUAGUAAAAAUAGAGAGGGGCUUUAUUUAAAUUAUAGAGCAACAAUAAAAAAUUAUGCUUAUAGCUAAACUACCCAUGAAGAAGCAUCUGCUUUUAACUGUUAUUCCUAGUCCUUUGCCCACUCUUUUGUCCUUGAACAAGGCUCUCCCUCUCGUCUUCCAUUCUCACUCAUAGUUUUCAGAAGCUCAUGUGGAGAUACAUGACCCAGUAUUGUUUGAUACAUUUCUCUUUGAUGAACAUUCAGUGCAGGAAACUGUGAUUUUGCUGUAUGUUUAUGUACAUAAUCUUAUUCUGUAGUCAUCAGAAUGUUAGUGUAUGGUACAUUUGAUUUUUAUUUUUUACAUAUGUAGUUUUCUUUCUUCACAGUCAAAACAUUUGUGUUAUUGGGGGUGGGGCAGGGAAUGAAGUCAGUGAGCUCAAAAAUCCAUUUGUAUGUAUCUGUCUACUGGAGAUAUUUUAAUUUUUAAACCUAAGUUAUAUAUAGCUCAGUAAUGCUCUUUGAUGUUUACAACAGCACAAUGAUCUAUAAGAAAAAAGUUCCUUAUUUGUAAAUAAUUUUCAAUGCAAGGUUGUUCUUUUAAUUUUGCAUGUCUGAAAUAGGGUUUCCUCACUUUAGUUUAUCCAGUAUUUGCUGACAUUCAUUUAUCAUUUAGUGUAGUGUUGAGUGAUUAGAAACAAAAGUGCUAACAUGACAAAGACAGAAAAAUCGUCAUUGUUAUUCAAUUCCAUAGUGUGAUUACAUGAAAUGGAUUUCACAGUUGUUACUCAUUACCUAGAGCUUCUGAAGUUUACUAAUAUUUUUAUCAAAUUGGUAUCAAGAGCAUUUGUUGUGUAUUUUGUAAGGCUAAGUAUGAAAUAUAAGUAUCAUACAAAUAUGAUCAUCCUAAAUCAUAUUUCAAUAGUUUUUCUAUAGUGUGCCUCUGAAAAUAUAGAUUUGUCUUUGGUACUAUUUUCUAGAGACAUAAUACUAUAAAAUGGUGUAGUUUGUUAUGCAACCUGAGCAUUACU